UGGUGCUGAUGAGGGCGAGGAUGUGUGAUGCUGCUGCUGCUGCUGCUGCUGCUGCUGUUGUUGUUUCCUGCUGCCAUUUCCUCAGCGGAUCCUCGCGGAAACAUCACCGGUGUCACAGUAAAUGAAGCUGUGGGUUCACACACGCGCACAUUUUCAGCUCUGAAUCUGCUCACGCGGGGGACGACAGAUGAGAAACACGCUGCGUCUUAUGUGAUGUCAUUGACUGGCUGUUUCUGUGGGCAACAGCACAACCACCGCUGAGCUGAAGGAUAUAUAUAUAUAUAUAUUCAUUUAGAGGGCAUAAUCAUCAACAUGAGGCUUGUUUGCUGAUCAGUGAGAUUUGAUUUCAAGGAUACAAUGGAGACAAUAUGGCUUUAUCAGUUUCGCCUGAUCGUCAUCGGAGACUCCACAGUUGGCAAGUCGUGUCUGAUCCGGAGGUUCACCGAGGGCCGCUUCGCCCAGGUGUCGGACCCCACAGUGGGAGUGGACUUCUUCUCACGUCUGGUGGAAAUUGAACCUGGCAAAAGGAUCAAACUUCAAAUCUGGGACACUGCAGGACAAGAGAGGUUCAGGUCCAUCACCAGAGCCUACUACCGCAAUUCAGUGGGUGGUCUCUUACUCUUUGACAUCACGAACCGCAGAUCCUUCCAAAACGUCCAUAACUGGCUGGAGGAGGCCCAGAGUCACGUCCAGCCUCACAGCAUUGUCUUCCUGCUGGUGGGUCACAAGUGUGACCUGGAGGCCCAGCGUCAGGUGACCCAGCAGGAGGCCGAGAAGCUGGCAGGAGCCUACGGGAUGAGAUAUGUGGAGACGUCAGCACGAGAAGCCAUCAACGUGGAGAAGGCAUUUGUGGAUUUGACGAGGGACAUCUUUGACCUUGUCCGGAGCGGGGACAUCAAGAUCCAGGAUGGCUGGGAGGGCGUCAAGAGCGGAUUUGUUCCCAACACCGUCCAUUCCUCCGAGGAGGUCACUAAGGGCGGCCGGCAGUGCUUCUGCUGACUUUUCUAACCGUAGCACACGACUAUGGCAGGUGCUGAACAUUUCAGUGGACUUUCCUGUUUUACUUCUUUACUCAAGACACAGCUUUUUUUUCCCCCUUCAGACGCCUAUUUAUGGCUCUGUGGACUUUUUAUUGACGCUCCUGAAAGGUGUUCAAGCACAAGAUGGAAGCAUCUUAAUCCCCUCGCUGUUCUGUGUGCAUGUGUGUAACUGUAUUGACCCUCCGCUCUUAUCAACUCCGCUUUCAUGCACAAUACUUUGAAUAUACUGCAGACAUGUGUCCGGAGAGACAGACGAGAUACAUUCUCUGACUGCACUGCACUACAAAUCCAAGUGGCUUAACAGUGGAGGGACAGUGAAAGUCAAAUUAAAUGUAACCAAAGUUUGAGAGACUGACAUGUUAGUUUGUUCGGAGAGAGUUUGCACACUGACAAUUUUUGCUGAAAAGGAAAUUAAGCUACUGGAGCUGAUAAGGUUUUUGUUUAGCGGUCAUGGCCAGUGCGUACUUUAAUUUCACAAGGAAAACUUUCCCUAAAACCGCAUUGUGUGUAGCAUCAAAUAAAUAUGAAACACAUCCAUAAUCAUACCUUUUAAAUGCACAAAAGAUAUAAUUAAUUGAGGUUAACUAAUGUUAGCAUUGAUGACGUUUCAUCUGAUGAGAGUGAAGUUCAUAAUAACACAAUACGUCACAUUUCUAUCGUGUUUUUCUGGACACUCAAAUACACUUCACAAAAUAACAAACGCAAAGGGUAAAAAUAAAUGAAUUAAUGACUGUUAAAGCUAUGGGAAUGCGUGUUGGAAUUAAAUGUCUCACCUUUUACUUUAGUAAAUCAAUUUAGCCACUUAGCACCUGUUAGCUGUGCUAGCCAAGAGAAAACUGUGUGAACAUGUUUAAAAUCAAACUGCAGCUGACUUAACUCUGAAUUAAUCAUCUAAUGUUUGCUGCAAUCGUAUAACAUAUCCAUAGAUACUGUAUCUGUGCCACUUAUGAUAAAAACAAAACAAACAAACAAACAAACACCUGAAUGUUCACAUAUGAUCCCAGAGCGGUUAGCCAUACAGGUAACAAUUGUAGCAUGAUAGAAAUAUUUUAAUAGUAGUUAAAGUAACUAAAUAAGUUUAGCUAAAAGUAAUAAAAACUAAUACUUUGAUAUUUUCAUUUAUGUUCAUUUAAAGCAACAGCUGCAUUGUUUCAUUUAAAAAUGUUCACCUUGUAGCCAGCAGGUGCUAAGAGGCUAAAUAUGUGAGCGCUUGAAAAACAUCAUGUUUUCAACAGUAACUGUGUGAUUCUGGGAUUAUUUGUUUUACAAUUAUAUAAUAUUGAACAAAUCGAGGAAAAUUGACCACAAAGGUCGUAACACUUUCAGAUUAUAAUCUUAUGUGCUCAAAAUCCAGUUAUACUCUCUCACAUUUGUAAUCAAUGCAUGCCUCCAUUUAAACUGACGUUUUCCAAAGAAAGAAAAUCAUUUUUUAUUUUUGAUAUAAUGUAAAAGGACAUUUCCUGGACGCAAAACACAAAAAACAAAGUGAACAAUUCUGGGAACAUUUAAACUGGAAAAGUGGCAAAGUUUUCACUCCCGACUGACGACAUUAGAGUGAUUCAUAGAACGCUUUAGCAACAAUUUGUGAGUACAGGUGUAAAGUCUCUUUUGAGUGCCUUUUGGAGGAAAGAUGUGGGUGUCUUUAACGUGUAAAUACAAACUUCAAGGAGGCGGAAAACACAAUGAUAUCACAUUACACGGCCUGUAAAUAAUUUAUCUGAAACCAAACCCUGACAAAGUUGACUGUUCAAUGUUGUUGUGACAUCAAGUGUCAUCAAUAAUAAAUGUCUGGAAACAUUAUAAACAAAAAUGUGUUAAGACUGGAAGUACACUACUUUUUUUAUUUUUUAGAACAAUUAAAAUGAUUGUAGAUGUAGGUAAACAAUUGAUGUAAUACUGUUUGACACCACUAGAGGACCUUAUAGAGCAAGGAAGGGAAGAGGAGAUUAUAACCUGUCGACAUAUCUAUAUCAUGUUUUGUGUUUUCAAAUGUUUUUGCCUUUUUCUACAGAAAACCUACGACAUUUUAUAAAAGCCUUAAACUAAAUAUUGGCAACUUUAAGAGAAAGUGGUUCCAUAUCAAAAUCUAGAAUAAUAAAAGUAAGAUUGUACAGGAUUUUGAGCUUUGUUGAAUGAAAAUGUUACAUGAUGUUACAUUGUACAGUGCUGUUAAAUAACAUCAUUCUUUCAGUAAAUGUGGGACAGGAAAGUAGGGAACCUGUGGAACUGGUUUUUGUUAACACAAGUGUACACAAGUUUAUUUAUUUGCCUGUGAUGUAUCGAGGUUAUACACUAAUUAAACUUAAACAAUGAAA